AUGAAGGCCAUGGAGGACCAAGUAGUCCAAGAAGAACCAGGAUACCAUGAUGAUGAGGAAUCAUUUUUUCAGGAUAUUGACCUGCUACAGAAGCAUGGAAUUAACGUAGCAGAUAUUAAAAAACUGAAGGCAGUUGGAAUCUGCACAAUCAAAGGAAUUCAGAUGACCACAAGGCGGGCACUGUGCAAUGUGAAAGGGCUUUCAGAGGCCAAGGUGGACAAGAUUAAAGAAGCUGCAAACAAGCUUAUUGAACCAGGCUUCCUGACUGCCUUUGAAUACAGUGAAAAACGGAAGAUGGUAUUUCAUAUUACCACUGGGAGCCAGGAAUUUGAUAAACUUCUGGGUGGUGGGAUUGAAAGCAUGGCAAUCACUGAGGCCUUUGGAGAAUUCCGGACAGGCAAAACCCAGCUAUCACACACCCUUUGUGUGACAGCUCAGCUUCCAGGACCAAAUGGAUAUACAGGUGGAAAGAUUAUCUUCAUUGAUACUGAAAACACUUUCCGGCCGGACCGUCUUCGCGACAUCGCUGACCGCUUCAGCGUUGACCCCGACGCUGUGCUCGACAACGUGCUCUACGCACGCGCCUACACCAGUGAACAUCAGAUGGAACUGCUUGACUACGUCGCAGCCAAGUUCCAUGAGGAAGCCGGUAUCUUCAAGCUGUUGAUCAUUGACUCCAUAAUGGCACUUUUCCGUGUGGAUUUCAGUGGUCGUGGAGAGUUGGCUGAACGACAACAGAAACUCGCUCAGAUGCUGUCAAGGCUCCAAAAAAUAUCAGAAGAAUAUAAUGUGGCUGUGUUUGUGACCAACCAGAUGACUGCUGAUCCAGGAGCAACUAUGACCUUUCAGGCAGACCCAAAAAAGCCCAUUGGGGGCCACAUCCUUGCUCAUGCUUCAACUACCAGGAUCAGCUUGAGGAAAGGGAGAGGGGAGCUGCGUAUUGCAAAGAUAUAUGACAGUCCUGAGAUGCCUGAAAAUGAAGCCACAUUUGCAAUAACUGCUGGAGGGAUUGGGGAUGCCAAAGAAUAG